AUGGCUCCCCUCCGUUCGUUCGUCUGCCUCCUGCUCCUCGGCCUCUGCCUGCUCUCAUCUGUUCUCGCCUUUCCCAGGAAUUACGAGAAGAGGGCCAUGCGCAACUCGUUGGUUCGUUUUGGAAAGAGGAGCGAGCUGAUUGGGAAUCACUUGGCGAGCCGCCGCUCUCGGGCCAACGGCUAUAUAUGGUGGACCCGGUUCAGUUUCGUGACUACCUCGAUCAGUUCUAAGCCUGAUCAUCCAUCAUCACACGUUGAGACGACACACUAUCCCGACCACAGCUCAACGACCAUCAUCUAUUCCAUCAUCCCGACCAGCAUU